GGGGGGGUCUACGUGUAUAUAAGCAUGUGGAGAGGCAUCUGCUGGUUUGUGGACAGCCAUGGAGAAAGUGAAGAUUCUGUUGGCGGUUGUUCUUUCCCUGGGAAUGGCCUCUGCAGCCUCUCUGGGGGUGGUGCAGACAGAAGGCGGUAGCGUUCAGGGACGAAAUAUUCCGCUCCGUCUUUUUCGCUCUGUGGAUGUUUUCAAGGGAAUUCCCUUUGCUGCGCAACCUGGAACCUUUGAGAAACCCAAACCUCACCCUGGCUGGGACGGCGUACUCAAGGCAACUAAGUUUGCCCAAAGAUGUCUCCAGAUGAGCAUGUUCCAGACCUCGAGUUUCGGUAGUGAGGACUGCCUGCACCUCAACAUCUGGGUUCCUCAAGGCCGACAGGUGUCCUCCAACCUCCCAGUGAUGAUUUGGUACUACGGAGGUGGCUUCAUGGUCGGUGGCUCAAUGGGGGCAAACUUUCUGAACAAUUAUCUGUACAGUGGUCAGGAAAUUGCAGACAAGGGGGAUGUUAUUGUGGUGUCAGUGGGAUACCGUGUGGGAACUUUGGGCUUCCUCAGCACAGGAGACUCCAAUUUACCUGGAAACUACGGUCUGUGGGACCAGCACGCCGCCAUCGCCUGGGUGCACAGGAACAUCCGCUCCUUUGGAGGAGACCCCAGCAACGUCACCAUCUUUGGAGAGUCUGCAGGUGGCGCCAGUGUUAACUUCCAGAUGCUCUCCCCCCACAACAAAGGGCUGUUCAACAGAGCCAUCUCCCAGAGUGGAGUUGCCUUCUGCCCCUGGGCUUUCAGCAGGAACCCACGAAAGAUCGCCGUGGAGGUUGCUGUGAAGGUCGGCUGCCCCACUGACGACAGGAUGGUGGACUGUCUGAAAUCGACUGAUGCUGCGACUCUCUGCAUGGCUUCUCCUCUUGUCCGACCGAGCUCCCCAGACCAUCCUGGUGUGGAGAAUCUGUCUCUGUCUCCGGUUGUUGAUGGUGACUUCCUCCCUGAUCUGCCCAGCAACCUGUUCCAGAACGCCGCCGACAUAGACUACCUUAUUGGGGUUAAUAACAUGGAUGGUCACCUCUUCACCUCAAAAGACAUUCCCUCCUUUGGCGACAAGAAUCAAGACACUCCUGUAGAAGACCUAAGGCGUCUCCUUGCUGCUUAUACCAAAGAGAAGGGCCAAGCUGGUUUGGAAGUCGCCUUCACUGAAUAUUCCUCCAACUGGGGGUCAGAACCCAGUCAGGAGACCAUCAAGAGAACUGUAGUGGACAUUGGGACUGAUUACAUCUUCCUCGUUCCCAUUCAGACCGCCAUUCACCUGCAUACUGCAAACGCCAGGUCUGGCCGCACCUUCUCCUACCUGCUCUCUGAGCCCAGUUUAAUGGCCGGGCCAGGCAAACCCUACCAUGACUGGACAGGAACCGACCACGCGGACGACCUCCAGUACGUGUUUGGCAAACCCUUCACCACACCGAGCGCUUACGGAGACAGACACAGAGACCUGUCUGGAUACAUGAUCUCAUACUGGACCAACUUUGCCAAAACUGGAAACCCCAACAAAGGAAACCUGGUGGUGCCUGUGAUCUGGCCUGAAUGUACCAGUAAUGGAUACCAGUUCCUGGACAUCAACGCUAAAAUGAACGAGACCUCCACUGGACAGGAAAUGAGGUCACGCUUUGUCCGCCUGUGGAACAGCACCCUGCCCGCCCUUCCAUCGCAUCAUGACACAGAUGCUCUGUGAUGCAUGUCCCUUUCCAUUAAGACACACACUGUACUUAUAACAGAGUCUGUACAAUAAACUUUAUGUUUGG